GAUACAUACUCUCCGCCUCUGGACGUUGAUUCCAGUAGUAAACUAAACCGAUCUUAAAUUCUGUAUAGAUAUAUAUGUGUACAUUAUUUAAACAUUUUAUUUACCCAGCUGUGCAAUUAUGAUAACGCAAUGAAAUUGCUUAAAUAAAUAUUGAUGUGUGUAUGUAUACACCUUAUGAUUAGGCUGCAUCGCCAUGUUACUACGUUUGCCGCUAUUGUUAUCGCGUUUCCUGCACAAUGGACGGCUGCGGCUGCUAUUCCUAGCGCUUAUUGUCCUGCUGUUGGGCGGAAUACUCUUAAAUUAUAGAUGGCAAUCGGAUGUGCAGCUGUGUUUUAUUGACAGGGAGCAAACAGAGUCGACAUCCAUUGGCCCUUUGACGGACUCUAUUGUGCCUGUUCCAAAAAUUUUGGAAGACGUGCUUUCAACAGAUCCCAAGCCAAUACCUGGCCGUAGCAUAUUCUUUCAUGAAACAAGUUGUCACAGACCAAAACGCAGAAGACAGCGUCAUGGCCAAAGUCCUGAAUUACAGUAUAACAUGUUGCAGUUGACGGCGCGCCAGGCAUGUGCCAUCGAAUCUGCCGCAUUGCAUAAUCCGAAUUUUCAAGUGUUUGUGCUGUUCGCUGGUCCCACCUAUCGACACUUCAGCAACAGCAGCCAACGCCAGCAGCCGAUCAUCGAUGCCAUUCUAAGCUACAAAAAUGUGCAGCUUCGACAAUUAAAUCUUUGGCGCUAUGCGGCCGGCACGCCCAUUGAGGAGUGGCUAAAGGAUGGCCGCUUGUUUCGGUCAAGCUAUCUUUUCUCGCAUAUAUCAGAUUUUCUUAGAUUUCUAACGCUAUAUCGCUAUGGCGGUAUUUAUUUGGACAUGGAUGUAGUAAUGCUACGCAGCAUGGAGGAUGUACCGCCAAACUUUACGGGCGCCGAGUCUAAUACACAUUUGGCCGCUGGUGUAAUGAGUCUAGCCCCCACUGGUUUUGGUCAUGAGAUUGCCGAGUCUUGCCUGCGGGAUUUUCAGCUGCAUUUCGAUGGUAGUGACUGGGGUAACAAUGGGCCUGGAGUAAUAACGCGUGUGGCACAACAAAUUUGUGGCACAAAAGAUAUCUCACUGAUGCUGGAAGAUCGGAAACGCUGCCUUGGCUUCAAGGUAUUCGAUCGCAAUGCAUUUUAUGCUGUACCCUGGAAGCAUUGGCGACAUUUCUUCGAACCACAGCUGCUCGAGCAGACUCUGGCACACACGAAGGACUCGUACUUGGUACACGUGUGGAACAAGCACUCCAAGCAGCUGGCCAUCAAGGUCGGAUCGAGUACCGCUUAUGGCAAGUAUGCAGAGCAGCAUUGUCCCAGGGCGUAUGCAGCAGCGGGAGAAUAUUUCUAAAAAGCUAUUGAAAUAUAGUUCAACAUACCAAAGAGUUAGAGAGACUUAGGUAAGUUAAGUUAAAUUGUUUAAUAUGCUAGCAACGCGCAUUCCAAAUUUUAUAUGAGUUACGAACAUUUAGUCGGCACAAAAAUGAGAAAGCAGUAAAUGUUGUAUUUUUCAAAUUUGCUGGUUCAGCGGACCCAACAAACAUAUUCCAUUUAUUUAUUUAUUUUUUUAAAACUUCUUAUUAUUACAUUACAUCACAUUAUUACAUUAAAAUAACGUACAAAAACGAAAAAUAUACUUAAAUGUGUGACAUGCAUGUAUAUAAAAAAUUAAAUUUAAAUGAGUUUAAAAUGAAAAUAUCUACAUGGAUCUAUAGCUUUGGCUUGUCAAAGACUCAAUAUCAUUGCAAACAAUUACGAACCAAUUCGAAAUAAGUAUUGUUAAAUGGCUCUGUUCUUCUUCAUGUGAGUAGCGCGGAUCGUCCAAUAAAGUUUUUUCUUCAACUUUAAGACUUCACCUUUUAGCCAAUUUUCCGCCCCCGAGACUCUUCAACCGAAAUAACACAAAUUUACAAAAAAUGUUUUCUUUUGUGAGCAUUGAACAAAACUUAAAGCCGAUCGGAUAACCUUGGCCGCAACUUUUCACCACCAAAAUAUAUAGAUACAAAAUUUCAUAUAUAUUUAUACACAUGAUUAUACUUUAUAAAUACUAAAUUAUGGUUCUGUUUGCAAGGGUAUUCAAAUAAAAUGUGUUUUUGACUGUCCCAUUUAAUGGAUUUUUAAUAGAUUAUAUAUUCUAAUUUCAUACAACUCAAAAAUAAUCUUUAAAUUUAUUCGAAUCUCAGUACACAGAGCUCAGCUAAUUUUAUAAAUCAGAUGUAAUUUGUUUUCUGUACACCAAUUUUAAAAGUUCUUCUUUUGUAUACAAACCUUUAUAUGUACAAUAUGGGAAAUAUAUUAAUCUGUGAAUGUCUGUGAAUAUUCAAUAAUAAAAAAUGUAAAAAAGUCUUA